AUGGGCGCACCGACCUUCGCGGCGGCCGACUACGUGGUUCUUAUCGUGUUCCUACUGCUGUCAAUGUCCAUCGGCGUGUACUUCGCCUGGGCCGACCGCCGUCAUCAAUCCAACAGGACCUUCCUGACGGCCAACAAGCAGCUCGGAUGGUUUCCCGUCUCACUGUCCAUGAUGGCCAGUUUUCUGUCUCCAAUCGCCACCCUGGGCAUGCCGGCAUCAGUGUUCCUGCACGGUUCCACGCUCUGGGUUAACGUGAUUUCCGCAAUCGUCGCUAUGUGGAUGGCGGCCGUUGUCUUUAUGCCCAUGUAUUACAAGAUGGACAUAACUAGUAUUAACAAGGACUACAGCCUGUGCACUAUACGCAAUUUGUGA